AUGGAACAGAUCCAUUUGAGAGAUAUGCAGUCACGAACCGCAGAAUUUACGGCGAGUAGCAAAAUCAAGCCUACCAUAAAAGCGGUCUCCAUUGAAGGUGUAGUCAGUUCUCUGCUGCGUUUGUUUACGAAUCUAGCUUCUGCGAUAGAAGGUAUCCAGGUCAAUGGUAGGUCGCUUCCACUAUGCCUUGGUCACUUCUUCCAGGAUGACCUUAUGGCCAUGUUUUUGAAGCAAUCCGUGGCCGCAUCUGUCCCAGUUCCUGAUCCGGAUGGGACGAAGCUCAAGGAUGCCAUGGCAGUUGCUGAAAAAUUCCGAGAUGAUAUGAUAGCUCUUGGUUUCUUUAAUGAUGCGACGCCUACGUUCAAGAACUUUUCCGAACAACAUUUCACGGUGUUUAUUGAUCGCAGAUGCCUCGAAAUUAUAAGAAGGGCCAAGGAAUUGAUUUGCAUGAAAUACCUUGAACUGGCCGAGGUUGGAAGUGGCGAGGAGGUCAACGAGGAGACGAUACUCCAGUACAAGGAGGCUUUUGGAAAAGCCCUUCCGAAGUCGUCGUCAUCCUCGGAUACGUAUCACCUACAUUUUAGCCAAUCUACAGUUGAUCUCAUGGAAUUGGUUUUUGUCACCCUACAGGAUGCGAUAAAUACGGACAAUGAGAAACUCUCUGGUCGUCUGGCAUUGACAGCUCGAAAUGUUCUGCAAUUAUUUGAACUCACUGCUCCAAGGCAUCACGGAACUGCGAUCUCCUCAAUGCCUCAGAUGGCUGCCAUAUUUUAUAACAACUGCUAUUAUAUCUGCCACAGACUCAUGAUGAUGCCAUUUGGCAUAUUGAAGAAUGUGGAUAAAAGCUCUCCGAAGUUUCCGACCGAUACUUUCGGAUUCUUUGUGGAAGCUGAGGGAAAUAGCUGCAGAUAUGAUGGAGCAGGUUGGCUUGAUCGUGAUCUUUUGAUAGUUCUUUCCUCUGGCAUGUACUAAAU